AUGUCUUUCUGCUUAACCAUUUCUACCAGAAGGGGGACCAGUCCGUCUGCCGUAGACGGAGAGUGGCCGACGGCGAGCAUGAAGGCAGAGGAGACGGCAGGGCAGGCUGACAAUGAUUUCCUCAGUGAUUACGUACAGAGCGAGUCCCUGCGGGGUAGGGGCCCCCUCUGGAGCCAUCCUGAUGGCUUUGGGGGCCUUGCUUCCAUUUUCCAUUAUUAUGUGGACUACCGGAGCGACAGCGCAGUCCAAGACCUUGCAGUAGAAGACAAUGUGACAGAGGACCAGCACAGUCCUGGGCAGACUGCCAUUCCAAGCGAUCCAGAGUGCGCCCUCGAGAGGGUGGCGGAGGAUGGUGAGGCCGGGCAUCUGAGGAAGAGACUGCUCUCUCCAGAGGAAGGAGAGGAGGGAGAAGAGGAGGACGAGGAGCCUGCGCUGCACAGCUGCGACAGCUGCCGGCAGGUGUUCGAGUCGCUGAGCGAUCUCACCGAACACAAGAUUAAUCAAUGCCAGCUGACAGAUGGUGCUGAUCUUGAGGAUGACCCAUCUUGUUCUUGGCCUGCAUCAUCUCCCUCUAGUAAAGAUCAGACUUCUCCAGGACAUUGUGAGGACUAUGAGUUUGGAGAGGAAGAAGGAGGCCCUGGUCUGCCUUAUCCAUGCCAGUUCUGUGAAAAGUCCUUCAGCCGCUUAAGCUUCCUCAAGCGCCACGAGCAGAGUCACGGUGAUAAGCUCCCCUUCAGUUGCACAUUUUGCAGCCGCUUGUUUAAACAUAAGCGCAGCAGAGAUAGACACGUGAAGCUUCAUACAGGUGAUAAGAAGUACCACUGUGGAGAGUGUGAUUCCGCCUUCUCCCGUAGUGAUCACCUCAAAAUCCACAUGAAAACCCACGCCUCCAACAAACCCCACAAGUGCCCUGUGUGCCGUCGAGGAUUCCUCUCUUCCAGCUCCCUCCAUGGCCACAUGCAAGUACAUGAAAGGGGGAAAGAUGGUGGCAGUUCAGGCUUCAAUAGAGCUGACGAAUGGAAACUAAAAGAAACUCGAAAGUGCAGUCGGUGUGAGGAAGGGUUUGAUGUCCCUGAAGAGCUACAGCGACAUAUCGCAGAGUGUCACCCUGAAUGUUCUCCAUCUGAAGACGGAGGACUUGGGGCUACCUUACAGUGCAUUUACUGUCACGAGCCUUUUAGUGAUGAGAGUGCCCUGCUAACCCAUAUUGACCAGGCCCACAGCAGAGAUAGGAAGGGCCACACCUGUACCAUCUGCUCAGAGCAUUUUUUGUCUGUUGAGGACCUCUAUGCUCAUAUGGACAUCCAUCAGCUCCCUGAAUCCAGUAAUCAUAGCAACAGUCCUUCCUUACUUACUGUGGGCUAUACGUCUGUCUCCAGCACCACUCCUGACUCCAACCUUUCUGUUGACAGCUCCACGAUGGUGGAGACAGCACCACCUGUGGCAAAGACCAGAGGAAGGAGGAAAAGAGCUUCUCAGAACACAUCUGACUUGGGAGGGAGGUCUUCAAAACAGCCUAAGAUUUCCUACAGUUGCAUUUACUGCAACAAACAAGUGUUUUCUAGCCUAGCUGUUCUUCAAAUACACUUACGAACCAUGCAUCUCGACAAGCCAGAGCAGGCUCAUACUUGCCAGUUUUGUUUGGAGGUUCUUCCGUCACUGUUAAACUUAAACGAGCAUCUUAAACAGAUUCACAAUGCAGAAGACCAUGCUGCCCUGUUAGCCAGCCUGCCAGAUGCCCUCCUUCAGUGUAACUUUUGCCCUGAGGUGUUAAGUGACCUUAAUGCCCUCCAGGAGCACAUCCGCUGCUCCCAUGGUUUUCCCAGUCCAGUUGCCAAGGAGAGCAAUGCCUUCUUUUGCCCCCAAUGCUUUAUGGGGUUUUUGACUGAAGCUACAUUAGAGGAACAUGUUCGUCAGACACACUGUGAUGGAGGAAGCCUGCGGUUUGACUCACCUUUGGCUGUUACUCCCAAGGAGCCUAUAGUAGAGGUUUACUCCUGUUCAUAUUGCACCAACUCUCCCAUUUUCAACAGUGUUUUAAAACUCAACAAGCACAUAAAAGAGAACCACAAGAACAUACCUCUGGCUCUGAACUACAUCAACAAUGGAAAGAAAUCUUUACGCACUCUCAGCCCCUCUUCUCCAAUAUCUGUGGAACAAACUGCCAUGCUAAAACAAGGGGGAUCUGCCUCACGUAAUACAAGUGAGUUUAUAUGUAACCAAUGUGGUGCCAAGUAUACAAGUUUAGAUCUUUUCCAGACUCACCUCAAAACUCAUUUGGAUGGCUUACAGCCUCAGCUGACUUGUCCCCAGUGCAACAAAGAAUUCCCCAACCAAGAAUCCUUACUCAAGCAUGUGACAAUUCACUUUACGAUUACCUCCACUUACUACAUAUGUGAAAGCUGUGACAAGCAGUUCACUUCAGUGGAUGACCUGCAAAAGCACCUUCUCGACAUGCAUACUUUUGUGUUUUUUCGUUGCACUCUGUGCCAAGAGGUCUUUGACUCAAAGGUGUCAACACAACUUCACCUGGCUGUAAAGCAUAGCAAUGAGAAGAAGGUAUAUCGUUGCACAUCCUGCAACUGGGAUUUCCGACAAGAAACUGACCUACAACUGCAUGUCAAACACAGCCAUCUGGAAAACCAAGGUCGUGCCCACAGAUGCAUUUUUUGUGGCGAGUCCUUUGGUACAGAGGUAGAGCUGCAAUGCCACAUUACCACCCACAGUAAGAAGUACAACUGCCGUUUCUGCAGUAAGGCCUUUCAUGCCAUUGUCCUUCUGGAGAAGCAUUUAAGGGAGAAACACUGUGUGUUUGAAGGAAAGACCCAAAAUUGUGGCACUAAUGGCUCUACUGUAAGUGGUGGGGAAGGUCAGCCUAAGGAAGACGAAAUCCAAAGUCUCUUAACUAACAGCCAUGGUCCAGGAACAGGAGUAUCUGUGAUGGAGUCCCAAAACAGCCAUGAUGGAAGUGAGGAAGAGGUGGACACUGCAGAACCCAUGUAUGGAUGUGAAAUAUGUGGGGCAUCUUACACCAUGGAGUCGCUCCUCACUAACCACCAGUUAAGAGAUCACAAUAUCCGCCCCGGCGAAAGUGCAAUGAUCAAAAGAAAAGCUGAAAUGAUCAAGGGGAAUCACAAGUGCAAUGUCUGUUCCCGUACCUUCUUCUCUGAGGCUGGGCUGAGGGAACAUAUGCAGACUCACCUUGGGCCUGUAAAGCACUACAUGUGUCCCAUUUGUGGCGAACGCUUCCCUUCCUUGCUUACCCUAACAGAGCACAAGGUAACCCAUAGCAAGAGUCUGGACACAGGCAGCUGCCGCAUUUGUAAGAUGCCACUGCAGAGUGAGGAAGACUUCCUUGAGCACUGCCAGAUGCACCCUGAUCUUAGGAACUCUCUGACAGGUUUCCGCUGUGUGGUAUGCAUGCAGACAGUGACCUCCACAUUGGAGCUUAAGAUCCAUGGUACCUUUCACAUGCAGAAAACAGGCACUAUGUCCUCCAACCAGCCUAUGGGUCGCAACAAUCCCAUCGCUCAAAGCCAACAGCCACACCAUGCUCAAAAGCUUUUUAAGUGUGCCUCGUGCCUAAAAGAUUUCCGGUCCAAAUUAGACCUUGUGAAGCUUGACAUCAAUGGGCUUCCAUAUGGUCUCUGUGCAUCGUGUGUGACAGCCGCUGGCUCAAAAAGCUCUAGCCCAACAGUGAACGGAGGAAGGCAACAGCAGGGUGGGGCCACAACCCCUGCUACAUCUACUGCUAUGUGGGCACCAGGGGAAAGUUUGAGCCCAGGAGAAGGAAAAGGCAAGGGUGUUUCUUCAUCAUCCUCAUCCUCUUCUACAUCCUCUUCAUCUGCCAUCAAGACUCGUUGUUCAAGCUGCAAUGUGAAGUUUGAGACUGAGGCAGAGUUGCAAAACCAUGUCCAGACGGUCCAUCGAGAACAAGCUGGGGAUAGCAACAGCGCACAGCUGAAAACCCCCCAGGUGUCACCAAUGCCGAGAGCUAGUCCCUCACAGACUGAGGAGAAGAAGACAUACCAGUGCAUCAAAUGUCAGAUGGUUUUCUACAGCGAAUGGGACAUCCAAGUUCAUGUGGCCAAUCACAUGCUGGAGGAAGGACUGAACCAUGAAUGCAAGCUCUGUAGUCAGUCAUUCGACUCACCGGCGAAGCUUCAAUGCCACCUGAUUGAACACAGCUUUGAGGGCAUGGGUGGAACCUUUAAGUGUCCAGUCUGCUUUACAGUAUUUGUCCAAGCCAACAAGCUGCAGCAGCACAUUUUUUCUGCCCACGGCCAGGAGGAUAAGAUCUACGACUGCUCGCAGUGCCCGCAGAAGUUCUUCUUUCAGACAGAGUUACAGAACCACACAUUGACUCAGCACAGCAGCUAACGUGGCAGAGCUCAGUGCCGUGACCAAGAACAAGGAUUGCAUGACGCACAGAACAAUGCCUGACCGCCAAUUAUCGUCGGAGCGUUUUCCCACUGACUGACUUGUUCUGAACUUUCGAUUCAGCCACGCUGUCA